GCAGAGUCGCACUGGUCUUUCUUCCUCGUCAUUCAACAGGUCGCCUUCUUGUCCGCCCCUUCUGAUCUUGUCUCAUCAACAACGGCAUCUCUCAACGAACGACAGUCGUCCAUCAUGCUUUUCUCGGCGGCCACCAUCUUCUCAUUGCUCGCCAUCGCAUCGGUCUCGGCGGUCCCCAUCGAAUUCACCGUCCCUUUGCCGGACGGGACCUUGGGGGUCACGGGCCUCACAGAAAUACCCAACCCACCUUUGAUGAACAAGACCACUCCUCCCCAUGCAACUCCCUCGUCUCACGAGCACUUCGAAGACUUCCGUUUCCUGGAUAUCCUUCGUCGUCAGAUCCGUGUCAACAACUUCGAUGCCACUCAGAAUGCGUCUUGGUCUUCCCUCAUGAAUGGCGCGGAUAUCUUGAAGCGAAACGAGAAGACAGACGAAGAACAACGCGCGCGUCUCCAAGCCUUGCAGGCUGACCCUCCGCAGCCCACUACACCACCGUCAGGACCCGGUCUCUCGUCCUUCAUGAAAGCCCCGGGUUCAGGGAUGCAGGAUCUCGGCCAAGUCAGGACGAACGGCUCCUAUGCGAUCCACAGCGUCCUUGCCGACGUUUUCUCUCCCGAUGGCAUCCAGCAGAGCACUGCAACGUCAACCGCCAGCGUCGCGAAGUCCACGUUCUCCAAGAAUGCAGACUGGACUCCGCCUCCCAAAGGCCCCGGGUACACCACCGACACCAUGGACGUUGCGCCGCCGUCCCAGCCGGCCCGCAGGGACGAUGUUCAGACUGGACAGAUGGGUCCGCGCAAACGUCACAGUAUGGUGUUGGACACGGACGCUCUCUUGCCUGACUCGUCGAAUACGGACGCUACAUCAGAGGCUACGUCUACUCCGGCGUGGCAAGACAUGGGUUUCAUCAAUAUCGACAGCAACCGCCCUCCGGUGGUAUCUCCGAACAUCACAAACGUCACUUCGGAAGUCUCUGAUGCGCCGGGGAACGUUACAUCUGCCGCCGCAUCCGUCGCCGCAUCCCCUGCCUCAUCCGCCGCUUGAUCUGCCCCGUUGCGCAUAAUUUAUUCAUGAUGCCCGCAUGUACUUCUAGAGUCACUCACGCACAAUUGACAUUUCCACGAUCGAGUGCCAGGACUCUUCAGAUGUCCUUCUGUACGCUGGUCUGAUGUAAGAUCUCAUCGACCAGGUCUUGUUCCAUCGC